AGUGCCAGGAUGCGGCCUCUGUCAGUGUCGGCUUCUGCUGCCUUCCUGGGUCCUGUCACAUCCUUCUUGCUCAACCAUGGGGCACGCAGGAUGGAAACUCCUCUCCCCUCUUUGGAAGACAACGUGUGGCUUGGCUUCAUAGAGUUGUGGCUGGAGACUGAAGCAGUAGGCUUUCUGUAGCCAGUCUGUGUUGGGGGAGAGGGGAGUCCUCCCUGCCCGGAAGGCCCAGAGAUGGAAGGACAAGUGGCAGGCCGGGUGCUCAGGAUCUUCCGACACAGGCUGCCUCGACUCCGAGCAGGAUCUCCCCAGGACAAUCCGGGGGAAGCUGUAAAGGAACCAGAAAGAGCCCGGGAGCACUCUCUGCCCAACUUUGCUGGAGGGCAGCACUUCUUUGAAUACCUUCUUGUGGUUUCUCUAAAAAAAAAGUGUUCAGGGGAUGAUUAUGAGCCCACGAUCACCUACCAGUUUCCCAAGCGGGAGAACCUGCUUCGGGGCCAGCAGGAGGAGGAGGAGAGGCUGCUUAAAGCCAUCCCCUUGUUCUGCUUCCCAGAUGGGAAUGAGUGGGCACCGCUCACCGAGUACCCCAGGGAGACCUUCUCCUUCGUUCUGACCAAUGUGGAUGGGAGCAGAAAGAUUGGAUACUGCAGGCGCCUCUUGCCCGCCGGCCCUGGCCCUCGCCUUCCCAAAGUGUACUGCAUCAUCAGCUGCAUCGGCUGCUUCGGCUUGUUCUCCAAGAUCCUGGAUGAAGUGGAGAAGAGGCAUCAGAUCUCCAUGGCUGUCAUCUACCCGUUCAUGCAGGGCCUCCGAGAGGCGGCCUUCCCUGCUCCCGGGAAGACUGUCACCCUUAAGAGCUUCAUCCCAGACUCGGGCACCGAGUUCAUUUCACUGACACGGCCCCUGGACUCCCACCUGGAACACGUGGAUUUUAGUUCUCUGUUGCACUGUCUCAGUUUUGAACAGAUACUUCAGAUCUUUGCCUCUGCGGUGCUGGAGAGAAAAAUCAUCUUCCUGGCAGAAGGUCUCAGCACCCUGUCUCAGUGCAUCCACGCCGCUGCCGCGCUGCUCUACCCCUUCAGCUGGGCACACACCUACAUCCCUGUUGUCCCCGAGAGCCUUCUGGCCACCGUCUGCUGCCCCACGCCCUUCAUGGUUGGAGUACAAAUGCGCUUUCGGCAGGAGGUCAUGGACAGCCCCAUGGAAGAGGUCCUGUUGGUGAAUCUUUGUGAAGGAACUUUCUUACUGUCGGUUGGUGACGAACAAGACAUCCUACCUCCAAAGCUUCAGGAGGACAUCUUAGUUUCUCUUGGUCGGGGGAUCGAUGAGUUAAAGACUUCAGAAGAAAUCAACGAGCAUGUUUCAGGCCCUUUUGUGCAGUUCUUUGUCAAAACCGUGGGCCACUAUGCUUCCUAUAUCAAGCGGGAGGCAAAUGGGCAAGGCUGCUUCCAAGAACGGUCCUUCUGUAAGGCCCUGACCUCCAAGACCAAACGCCGAUUUGUGAAGAAAUUUGUGAAGACACAGCUCUUCUCCCUCUUCAUCCAGGAAGCCGAGAAGAGCAAGAACCCCCCUGCAGGCUAUUUCCAACAGAAAAUACUUGAAUAUGAGGAACAGAAGAAACAGAAGAAACCAAGGGAAAAGACUGUGAAAAUAAGAGCUGUGUGAACAAGAGAGACUAGACCUACAGGCCAGUGCCGGACUUGAGCCCCUGCCAGAGUGGUAGGAUCAGGGAAGCUCUCAGCCCCCGGAAUCCACAGCCUCCUUCCGAGUCCACCAUCCAGGUCUUGCUUCAAACUGGUGCCCGAGUUUGGUAUCCCUGGUAUCAGCUUUUUCAGGAGUUUGGAGGGCUCUGACUCCGUGCUCACAGAACUGGGCCCAGAGCUGCAUUUUUUGCAGAGGUGACACAGAGCAGGAAACAGAAGUAUAGGUGUUGUAGACGCUUGGUUAAAAGUUGUUGCAACUGCCCCUCUUGGGGACCACUAUUACAAAAUCUUCAAUAGAGAACAGAGUUGUGACCCAAAGGCUUAGCCCCUCCACAUAAAAAAAGGUCUGUGGACAUGUGAGGAUGAGAGUAAAGAGGAAAAUCUUA